AUGUCUCUGCCCUCCAUCUAUCAGCACAAGUUCGCGGAGAAGCUGACGAUCCUCAAUGACAGGGGGAAGGGCGUCCUCAUCCGCAUGUACAACAUCAAGAAGACGUGCUCAGACCCCAGGUCCAAACCCCCCUUCUUCACCGAGAAGACCAUGGAGCCGUCCAUCAAAUACAUCAACAAGAAAUUCCCAAAUGUGGAUGCACGGAGCAGCACGCAACACCUGGGCCCGGUGCACAAGGAGAAGGCAGAGAUCAUCAAAGUGCUCAAUAGCUACUACCAGUCCUUUGUGGACGUGAUGGAGUUCCGGGACCAUGUGUACGAGCUGCUGAACACCAUCGAUGCCAGCCAGUGCUACUUCGACAUUCAUGUGAACUACGACCUCACCAAGAACUACCUGGACCUGGUGGUGACCUACACGUCUGUCAUCCUGUUGCUGUCGCGCAUCGAGGACCGCAAAGCCCUGAUUGGGAUGUACAACUGUGCCCAUGAGAUGAUCCAGGGCAGCGGCGACCCCAGCUAUGCCCGGCUGGCACAGAUGGUGCUGGAGUACGACACCCCACUCAAGAAACUCACAGAGGAGUUCGGGCCUCACACCAAGGCCGUGAUCAGCGCCCUCCUGUCUCUCCAUUUCCUCUUUGCCCGGAGGAACCAGUCGGCCGAGCAGUGGCGCAGCGACCAGCUCCUGAGCCUGAUCAGCAACGCGGCCACCAUGCUGAGCCCGGCCAGCUCGGACGUCAUGGCCUGCGAGUACCUGUCACUGGAGGUGAUCGAGCGCUGGAUACUGAUUGGCUUCCUCCUGUGCCACGGCUGCCUGAGCGCGAACCCGCAGUGCCUGGAGCUGUGGAAGCUGGGCCUGCAGGGCUCGCUCUACAUCAGCCUCAUCCGCGACGACGCCCUGCAGAUCCACAAGGUCACCGAGGAGUUCUUCGGCAGUCUGAAAGGGUAUGGGAAGAGGGUGGCUGAUAUCAAGGAGUGCAAGGAGCAUGCUGUGGCGCACAGUGGCCAGUUGCACCGGAACCGGCGGGCUUUCCUACGCAACGCAGUGCGGGAGCUGGAGGCGCUGCUGAGCGACCAGCCCGGGCUGCUGGGCCCCAAGGCUCUCUGCGUCUUCAUGGCGCUCUCCUUGUGCCGUGACGAGGUGAACUGGCUGGUGCGUCAUGCUGAGCAUGUCACCAAGACCAAGACCCCUGAGGACUACGUCGACAGUCACAUCGCCGAGCUGCUCUUCCUCAUGGAGCAGCUGCGUACCCUGGUGCACAGGCAUGGCCCAGUGAUCCAGCGCUACCACGUCCAGUACCUGGCUCGCUUCGAUGCCCUGCUGCUCAGCGAUAUCAUCCAGAAUCUGACCGUCUGCCCCGAGGAGGAGUCCAUCAUCAUGUCGUCCUUCGUCAGCACCCUGUCGUCUCUCACCCUGAAACAAGUGGACAAAAAGGAGAAGUUCGACUUCUCGGGGCUUCGCCUGGACUGGUUCCGGCUGCAGGCUUACACCAGUGUGGCCAAGGCCCCCAUGCAGCUGCGCGAGAGCCCGGAUGUGGGCCGUGUGAUGAACCUCAUCAUGUUCCACUCCAAGAUGCUGGACUCACUGGAGGAGUUGGUAGUGGAGACUUCGGACCUGUCGGCCUUGUGUUUCUACGUCCGCCCCUUUGAGAAGCUGUUUGCUCUGACCAUGGAGGAGCCGGCCAUGCUGCGCUUCACCAUCGCCUUCCCGCUCGUCUGCAGCCACUUUGCCCACUGCACCCACUCCAUGUGUCCAGAGGAGUAUCCCCACCUGAAGAGCUGCAGCCUGGGUCUGUGCAACAACUUCCUAGAGGAGAUCGCCAAGCAGGCUGCCAACUGCAUCAUGGACGCGUGUGCCGAGCAGCGCAAACUCAGUGAGCAGCUGCUGCCCAAACACUGCGCCUCCACCAUCAGCAAGGCCCGGAACAAGAAGGCCCAGAAGCAGCCCCCCAAGAAGGGGGAGCCGGAGCGGGACAAGCCGGGGGCCGAGAGCCAGAGGAAGGACCGGAUCGUGGUGACCAACAUGGACAAGCUGCACCAGAUGCUGAGCGAGCUCUCCCUGAGCGUCAACCACAUCCCCAGCUUCACUGUGUUCGAGCACAUGGUCACGCCGGCCGAAUACCUCAGCAGCCACCUGGAGACGCGGCUCAACAGAUCUUUCGUGUGGAUGGCCAACUACAACCAGGCUACGCAGGAGAUUGCGCGGCCCUCUGAGGUGCUGGCCAGCCUGCGCUCCUACCUCGCCUUCAUCCAGUUGCUGGGGCAGUUCACGUGCAUGGACUCCAGCCGCAUCAUCCGCAACGUCCUGCUUCAGCAGACACAGCCCCUGGACUCCAGCGGGGAGCAGACCCUCACCACCAUCUACACCAACUGGUACCUGGAGGCGCUGCUGCGCCAGGCCAGCACUGGGGCCAUUGUGCUGUCCCCGGCCAUGCAGGCCUUCAUCAGUGUCCCCAGGGAGGGGGAGCAGAGCUUCAGUGCAGAGGAGUUCUCAGACAUCUCAGAGAUGCGGGCGCUGGCCGAGCUGCUGGGUCCCUACGGCAUGAAGUUCCUGAGCGACAACCUCAUGUGGCACGUCACCUCGCAGGUGGUGGAGCUGAAGAAGCUGGUGACCGAGAACAUGGACGUGCUGGUGCAGAUCCGCUCCAACUUCUACAAACCUGAGCAGAUGGUAUCACUGCUGCCCAGGCUGUUGUCUGCUGACAAUGUGCUGAAAAGAAUGACCAUCAUCGGGGAGAUCCUGAGCUUCCGCUCCAUGGCACAGAGUGGGCUGCGUGAGGUCUUCUCCAACCGCUGCCCGUUCCUGAUGGGCCCCAUUGAGUGCCUGAAGGACUUUGUCACCCCAGACACGGACAUAAAGGUCACCUUGAGCAUCUUCGAGCUGGCCACGGCUGCCGGGAUCCCAUGCGACAUUGACCCAGCACUGGUGACUGCACUUUCCAACCUGAAGACAGACAGUUCGUCCCCUGAGGAGGAGUACAAGUCAGCCUGUCUGCUGCUGGUCUUCGUGGCUGUAUCUCUGCCGCUCCUCGCCUCCGACCCCUUCUCCGUGUACAGCAUCGAGCUGGACGGUUACAGCAACAAUAUCCACUGCCUGGCCAAAGCCAUCAUCCACGUGGCUGCCGCGCUCUUCACCAUCCACAGCAAGAACAUCGAGACGCACCUCAAGGAGUUCCUGCUGCUGGCGUCCGUGAGCCUCCUGCAGCUGGGACAAGAGACCGACAAGCUUCGCUCCAAGAACCGGGAAUCCAUCUCCCUGCUGAUGCACCUGAUUGUGGAGGAGUCGUCCUUCCUGACGGUCGACAUGCUGGAGACCUGCUUCCCCUACGUGCUGCUCCGCAAUGCCUACCGCGAGGUGCACAAGGCAUUCCUGCUGAGCAAACUCCCUGCCCACUGACAGCUGCAGCCUGGGCUCCCAGCCUCCCUUCGCCCACCCCUUCCCUGACGCAUUGCAAAUGAGCACACCUUCCAGGUCGCAGAGCGGGCUCCCAUAUUGCCAUAGGGCCUAAGGGCUGUACAUAUUUGCAUACCCAUGUGUGACACUGGCAGAGCAGGUGCCAGCUCAUGCCAGAGCUCCAGGCCAAUUCCCUUGUGUAUCAGUGUAGAUCAAAGUGAUUGUUCAAUGUAUAAGAGUGUAGCUGGGGUUCAAACUUCAUGAAAACUAGUGGGAUGUUUCUUGUAUUGUUUUCACGUCUCUGUAUCCCAUUGUAAUGGAGUAGCAAACAUUUAUGUUGUGUGUUCCCCUGUAACUAAAUAACCCAGCAAACAAGCCAUCAAACGCGAAAGAAGCCUUGUGCAAUGCUAAUAAAAAACUUUAACAGAAAAGUGCUAAUUUCAAACCAAGUGGUCAUUGUGUGUGAUGCUCAGAGGCCAAAGCCUCCAAAUGCAUUCCUCACUCACUGUCGUCAGAGGAAAAGCCCUCAUGCGUUGUGACCCUGACAGCUUGUUUUCUGUGAGAAGCUGGAAGUCUGGAUUCAAGGAAAGAUCUCUCAUCUCUGGACUGUUUGGACUCUGACAGGGAAGUGUAGCAGCUGCAAAGCAGCAAUCCCCAGAGACAAUCUGGGUACCCCGAAAAGACUUUUGGGAACCUGGAAGUUUAUUCCAUCACUGCCACCUUUUGGCAUUACAAGCUGUGACUCACCUGUGCGUGUAGAUCACCUGCUUUAACAUCUCGGUAGCUCUCAUUUCCUUUUCUUAGCUAAUAA